UGGGCGGUGCAGGCAUCCUUUCUGUGCGCCUGUCUGCGGCCUGAGCUUUUGUCUCCUGAGUGCUGUCUGGGUUGGGAUUUCGCCCUCUCCUUGGCCGACUUUCGUCCCGACUCCUGCACGACCCGCUGUCACAGCGAGCGGCCACUCCCGGCUACUCCUGGAGCCAACAGACCUUCAAGAAGCAGAAGGCAGCUCCACUGCUGUGUAAGAGUGGGAUCCUUUCAGACAUGAAGCAAUGUGUAGUAUGACAUCUCUCAAAAGAUGACAUUAAUCAAAUGAAUGUUAGUGUCACUAUGCGACAGGCAGGACAGUCAAAGAAAAUGGCGGAAGCACGGUUGUCAUUCGAGGAACGCAAGACCAUUCUGAAGUGGUAUUUGAAAUUCGAGAAGGUUGCGGAAGUACAACGACAGUGGAGGCGUGAGUAUGCAACAGAGCCUCCAACACGCCUCACAAUUGCACGCAUCCGUGAUAAGUUUGAGAUGCACGGUACGGUAUGUGAUGUACACCUGGGAAGAUCCGGGAGACCUCGCACAGCAACAAGUCCUGCUUCUUCUGCGAUGGUGUUGGAACAGUUUACACGCUCGCCACAGAAGUCUACCAAACAAUGUGCACGUGAGACAGGAGUUAGCAGAACAAGCAUACGACGCAUUCUUAAAACAGCAAAAGGGAAAGUUUUCAUCCCAAGAUUAUUACAUGCACUGAACGAAGACGACCCUGAUCGAAGGGUGCAGUAUUGUGAGUGGUUCCAAAACAUGGUACGAGAGGAUGAGGAGUUCAUGGGCAAAAUGGUUUGGUCUGGUGAAGCACAGUUUAAAUUGAAUGGAACAGUGAACCGACAUAAUUGUGUGUUUUGGGCUCCAGAAAAUCCACACAUUCAUGUGGAAGAAGAAGUCAAUGUACCGGGCCUCAACGUGUGGUGUGGACUGUCAUUAAGGGGACUAAUUGGGCCAUUUUUUUUUGAAGGUACCGUUACUGGUCAAAUGUACCUAGACAUGCUACGCACAUCCAUUUUACCUGCAAUUCGUACACUUUUUGGGAAUGAUCGAUUUUACUUCCAACAAGACGGCGCCCCACCGCACUUCCACCGAGAUGUGAGAGCUUACCUCGAUGAGAAUUUGGCAGGACAAUGGAUAGGACGAAGAGGUGUGGUUGAGUUUCCCCCACGUUCUCCUGACUUAACACCCCUUGACUUCUACCUAUGGGGGACCUUAAAGGAUGUGGUGUACCGUAGAAAACCGGCUACACUGGCGGAACUUCAGCAAGAAAUUGAAACAGCAUGCGCAGCGAUACAAAUGGACACUUUGGUCAACGUUGCUCAAGCAGUUGUCCACCGUAAUCAGAAGUGUCUGGACACUGAUGGUAACCACUUUGAGCAUCUCUUGUAAUUGUUCUUUGAGCAUCUCUUGUAAAAGAAGUCCACCGUGACUUGUGUUCGUCUUUUGUUACCAGUGUAUAUUGAGUAUUACAAUUUUAAUACAGUUUUUUCCUUUCCUAAAAUGUGUAUAUAUUUUUUUGGCACCCUCUGUAUAUAAAUUGGUGGUUUUAAAUAAAAUG